GUCGUGGCAGUGUAUGGGCUCACGGACCCCGCUGCAAUAGUGUUGUGCCUCUGGCCCUUGAUUCAACACCUGUCGUCUGCCUCUGAUGAUCCACCUGGACUGGAGGCGAUGGUGGACCCCAACAGUCUCUGAAUAUGGGCAGUUUAACUAUGAUAGACCGAGGUUAAGUUUCCAAGAGAGAGAUUGUGCGACUGGGAGUGGAGGCUGCACAUUUUCCCACGUAACUGCUGCCCUUGCCUUUCAUGGAUGGAGAGGUCAAGGAUGGAGCUUGGAAAAACGGACUGCACGUUUACCUUAUCACUGGAGUCUGUUGGAAAGAGACAGGAGAGUGUCUGACUGCAAAACCUACUUCAAAUCAAAGGGAUUGGAAAACAUCGACUGAUGGGCUUUUCUUCUGAACAUCCAGUUUGUGACCAUAAAGGAGAAGCAUUACUAAAACAUGAAAUGUAAUCCAUGUUUCAUAAUGUAAAUUACAUAGUUUAACAUAAAAUGGAAGAUACAAUUUCCUUGUAUGUAGCUUGUGUUGUCUAUUACAGAUAAAUUUGGGAAGGCAAUAGAAAGUAGGGAGAAAGAAAUUAGUGAGUUUGAAGUCAGGAAAUGCUGAUUCUGGGCUAUCAAUAUAGUCAUUGAAAAGGUUUCUGUGUUGUAUCUCUCUCGUACCUAUCUUGUCCUUUAUAAUUCUUUUGGAGCUUGCAAAUUCUAUUGGCACAUAGCCAAAUAAAAUUAAGCAAGCACAAUAAGAGUAAGCACAGGGCAGUGAACCCCUGUAUGGAGAAAUUUCAGCAAUAAAUUUCAAACCAUGUAAUGAUAUCAACAAUGUCCAUAAUGCAAUGACUGUAAUCCUGAUUUGUAUGAUCAUGGUUUAGUAAACCAAUGAAACUAGCUUGUCCUCUAGCUGGUAUCUAUAUUGAUGGCUUCAGAAGUUGUUAAAUAAAUAUGUUGAAGCGUUUCGAGAGAAA